AUGAGUGUCAUCUUGGAUAUUUUCGCCGACAGUGAUAUUGAGGGCAAUUCAUCGAUCCCAAUGAAGCCUUCCUUCGACAUAUCAAUGAACACGGGCUCCGCCGUAGCUCUGACCUGGGUCAAGAAGCAGCUAGAGAUAUGCGACACAUCAUCAAGGCAUGACCGCUGUCGCGCCUCGGUUUCCCAACAACUCCCCCACCGCAUUGUAGAGAUCACUGGCUCUAGGUCUGCAAGGCUUUGUGUCACGAAAUCCGGUGAACACUCUGAAUAUGCAUGCUUGAGCCACUGCUGGGGCACUACACAGCCCUUGACCACGACCACCCGAACUAUAAAGGCCUACCUGAAGUCGAUCCUGUGGAACAAAAUACCAAAGACAUUCCGUCACGCAAUUACAACUGCAUAUAAUCUCGGACUGAAGUAUAUCUGGAUUGAUUCACUAUGCAUCGUACAAGACGAUAUCCAGGACUGGCGUACGGAAGGUGGCAAAAUGGCUGACAUUUAUGAGAACUCCUACCUCACGAUAUCGGCAGUCUCAAGUUCUGGCUCCUCUGGUGGCUUAUUCGGAUGGUCACAUUGGGAGCAUAGAACUCGAUCCAUUUCCUUUCGAGACACGCAGCACAAGAUCUACGUUCGGAAGCCAUUGGAUCACUACGAAAAUCCUGAUAGUUCUCGUGAGCGAGGCGGACCUAUGAAACUUCCACUUCUGACGCGCGCCUGGGCUUUUCAAGAGUUGUUACUAUCACCACGCGUGGUGCAUUUCUCUAACGACGAGAUUGUAUGGGAAUGCCGGUCAUCGUGCGACUGUGAAUGCUCUCUCGUUCAAUCCGAUCCGUUCCGCUCCUUCAACAAGUCCGUUUUCAAUCUCCACUCUACGGACGCGGGGAGGCUACCAUCAGAAUGGCGACAGCUAGUAGCAGCGUACACGGCCAGAGACCUAACGUAUCAGAAGGACAUCUUUCCGGCGUUACAGGGCUUGGCUAAACGACUCGAAGGCAUGAGAAAGUCUCCAUACCUUGCAGGCUUGUGGCAAGAUACGCUGGUAUGCGACUUGCUGUGGCGACGCCACUUCAAUGUUCGAUAUGAUCCACAACACAGGCCCGUGCAAUGGCGCGCCACAACAUGGUCCUGGGCCGCCGUGUUGGGUUGGGUGGAUUGGCCUACGCUCAAAGACUCAGAAGACAGAAUCGUGGCACGCGCUACAGCCACAACUGAACCAGCCGGCAAGGACCCCUUCGGGGAGCUAAAAUCGGGCAUGCUGAUUCUCAAUGCGCCUUGUCUCAAGGUGACCAUGCGAUUUAUAAGGUACGACGACUACGUUCUGAGUAUCGAGCCUCUGGCAGGCACAGACGUCGAAAGUACACCAUUAAGAGGUUUGAAGCGACGAGAUUUGAGCACUAGCCAGUUUUAUGGCGACUUCGACCUUGGCAGCGACGUUGCAGCGGACGGCUCCGUGCUAAUGUACUUUCACCUUGCGGUCAUGGUAAUUUCAAGGUCUCGUUAUUGCUAUUGCCUGGUCCUACGACGUGGAGGCGAGAAUAGGGAUGUCUUUGAGCGCGUUGGUCUUUUGGAAUGUGAGGUAGAACCGCACGUCCGAGAAGUGUUUCUUCGAGCAAAGGAACAGACAUGGACUAUCCAAUAG